AUACAUCAAGAAUCUUACGAACGGGCUGGGCCACAGUGCUAGUAGCGAGAAGAAUCCCAGAGAGAGAGAGAGAGAGGGAGAGAGCGGGGGAGAGAGGGAGGAGGAAUGGGGGAAGAAGAGAAGAAGAUGAAGCGAGUAAUGGUGACGUUUGAUGUGGACGGCACUCUGAUCAAGAGUACUGGAAACUCUUCCAACCGACUCCACCGUCAAGCUUUCUCUCACGCCUUCUUCCAAAUCUUCGGCCUCGAAGACAUCAGCAUCGACGCCAUCCAGCACCAUGGUCAAACGGAUCCUCUUAUACUUGUCAACACGCUUGUGCAUUAUGGCAUACCUUCUGAUGUAGCCUCAGAAAGACUACCUGACCUGAAAUCAAGGAUGAUUGAAUAUGCUAAGGAGCAUGCCCAAAACAUUGGGGAAGGCCUGGAAGUUCUUCCCGGUGUUUCUUCUUUGCUGGAUGCUUUAUCUUCAAAAGGUGUUGCCAUUGGUUUGGCAACAGGUAAUCUCAAAGAGAUUGCUUGGAUGAAGAUGGAGGGCCUGGGUAUUCAUAGAUAUUUCACUGUUCCAAAUUUUGGAGGAUUCGGAACCGAUCAUACUGAACGUGUAGAAUUAAUCAAAAUUGCUGCAAAUAGAGCAAACGAGCUCUAUCCUGAAGGUUUUGAUUUGCGAGUGCAUGUCGGAGAUACUCCAAAUGAUAUUCGAGCUGCUGAGGACGGAGGUGCUUUGGCCAUCGGAGUAUGCACCGGCAUAUUCAAUGCAGAAGAACUACAGAGAGCAAGCAAUGGAACUGCUGUUAUUCUUCCUGAUCUCAGUGAUGCUGAAGCUUUUCUGAAGCUACUGGGAAUUUAAGCUUCAAUCUGCUGCUUCAUGGUCCAAAUAUGUGCAGAGUUCGUUCUGCUCGUUCUUCCUCCUGGCAGUAUGUUGACUAUUGAAAUCUGCUGCAAACUUGGAUCAGGUAGUGCGUGCAUUUCACGUGAACUAAGGUAUGUAUUUUAUAUUAAGGUUAGUCUAAGAUAUUUCAUUUGGAACCACAUUAUUGGCAAUGUCAAACAUAAUAUUUAUUGAAGUU